ACACAACAAGCCCCCGUGUCAACAGUCCCUCCAGUGGCUUGAAGCUCACACUAGCACCUCAGCGUAACUCAACAGGGGAAAUUCUGGGGCUGUCGGGAAAUAGGUCCACAGUCAACAUUCUUCGUCGAUGAGCUCCGUUCUUCAAUUUCUUAUCUCUUCGUCGCCUCAUCCUUGUUUCGACACGCCGUCGGUGUAGGGCGUCGCUGGAUAUUUCGACAACUGCCCUCCCCGCGCCGAUAAUCUCGACCUGAGACUCACUUUCCGCUUGGAGGGAGGUAACACCACUUUCAUAUUCGAUAAACAACAAUAUGGCGAUUCCAAGUGACGCUUCGUCUAUCACCGUUGCAGUUAGAGUGAGGCCUUUCACGAUCAGGGAGGCGGCACAGAUCUCUAAAUGUGAAGAUGGCCCUCUCUUUCUUGGAGAUGGCUCUUUGGCUGGAGCGCCAACACCAAAACUCAACCAGAAGGGUAUUCGAUCAAUUAUCAAGGUUAUCGAUGAUAGGUGCUUAGUCUUCGACCCUCCGGAAGACAGCCCGGUACAGAAGUUCUCGAAAAGUGUUGUCCCCAACGGCAAACGCGUUAAAGACCAGACAUUCGCCUUCGACCGUAUCUUUGACCAGAAUGCCUCCCAAGGAGAGGUGUAUGAAGCGACAACACGCACGCUCCUUGACAGUGUUCUUGAUGGAUACAACGCCACAGUCUUCGCAUAUGGUGCGACCGGAUGUGGAAAGACCCAUACAAUUACUGGAACGGCCCAGCAGCCUGGUAUAAUCUUCAUGACUAUGCAAGAGUUGUUUGAACGUAUCGACGAAAGAUCGGGAGAGAAGGCGACAGAAAUUUCUCUCUCGUACCUGGAAAUCUACAACGAAACCAUCCGUGACCUCCUUGUCCCUGGUGGUAGCAAAGGAGGCUUAAUGCUGCGGGAAGACUCGAAUAAAUCGGUUUCAGUAUCUGGGCUGUCAAGCCACCACCCCCAAAGUGUGCAGCAGGUGAUGGAUAUGAUCAUGAAGGGUAACGAAUGUCGCACGAUGUCCCCGACAGAGGCCAACGCCACCUCUUCACGGUCACAUGCAGUUCUCCAAAUCAAUGUUGCCCAAAAGGAUCGCAACGCUGAUGUCAAUGAACCUCACACAAUGGCAACACUGAGCAUAAUUGAUCUUGCUGGUAGUGAGCGUGCAAGUGCCACGAAGAACAGAGGCGAGAGGUUGUUCGAAGGUGCGAAUAUUAACAAAUCGCUCCUCGCGUUGGGUAGCUGCAUCAAUGCCCUCUGUGACCCUCGGAAACGAAACCAUGUUCCAUACAGAAAUUCGAAGCUCACUCGGCUCUUAAAGUUCUCUUUGGGUGGCAACUGCAAAACAGUGAUGAUUGUCUGUGUUAGUCCCUCCAGCCAGCAUUUCGACGAGACCCAAAACACACUGCGUUAUGCCAACAGAGCGAAGAAUAUCCAAACCAAAGUUACGAGGAAUGUAUUCAACGUCAAUCGUCACGUUAAAGACUUCCUGGUGAAGAUCGAUGAACAAAUGAAUCUGAUUAACGAACUUAAAGCUCAACAGAAAGACUACGAGAGAAUCGCUUUCGCGAAAUUUAAGAAGCAGACGGAAAAGAAAGACGCAGUGGUUCGCGAAGGAAUCUCUCGUAUCCGGAAUGCUUAUGAACACUCAUUGCCCGAGAGGCAGGAAAGGACCGCCCACAUGAUUAAAUCAAGACAGGUUAGCCGCAGGAUCGGUAUGCUGUCUUCGUGGAUUGCUGCUUUCGACAGUGUAUGCGCAAAUUCCGAGAAUGAGGAGCCCUUAGCGAAUCUCCAAGCUAUUCGCAGAACGGCACAAGGUGUUCUCCUUGAGUUGGAGAGUAGUAGGCAGCACUACCACCAACGCCUGGCUAGGAGCACUUGGGACAGAGGUAUCAACUCGGCCGUUGAGCACGCCGUUCGUCAACUCCAAGACUUUGGAAUCAACGAUAACAGUGACCUUGCCAACCUUCAUCGCGAAGCAGAGCUCCUGAAAUCAAACGCAGAGCGUGAUGCUUUUUCGGCGGUAGCAGAACAAGAGAAGGCAGGGGAAGCGGAAACUGUACAGCUGCUGCUUCAGGCUCAAUUCGAGGCCAUAUCUGCAAUUGAGGGUAUUAUGAAAAUGAGUGAAGACGAAGCUGUUGAGGCGGGCAAGAGUGUUCUUUCCAAGAUGCUCGACUCGUGCUCUACUGUAACAUCAAGUCUUGUAAAACUAGAUGGCAGCUUGCCGUCAGCUCAGACAUUCAGCCCUUCUAAGGCCAUGUCGCCUAAGCCAAAGAAGAGAGUGAGUCUUGCAGCACUCCCUGCUGGCAAGACUCUCGCUGCACCUAUAAGCUUGGCACCGACAGCACCUGCCUCGCCCGGCAAGGGGUCGCCCCGACGCCGUAGGUUGGGUGCUGGCCGGAAGAGCGUCACAUUCUCACCCAAGAAGUCUCAGGCCAAGUCAACGAAACGAAGCGUACGUUGGAAGGAUGACGAGCAAGACGGUUCUUUGGCCGAGUUUCAGAAGACGCCGCAAAAGCCGCGGGCGCAACUUUUCCCCGAAGGACCCCAAGGCAGUCCAUAUGAGCCUCCAUUGCCUAGAACGUCACCCGUCCCGCGUGGCAUUCCAGUGCCCAGUCGGAAUAUCAGUCCUUCGUAUGGUUCUUCACCAGUACCUGCCCCGCCGGAGCCAACAUUGCAUGUCCCAAAGAACAACCGAUUCAAAGCCGGCUUCCUCUCCAAGAAAACUAGCGGCUCACCAAUUGCGCCUCCUCCUUCGACCUCGCUUCCUGCCUCAGACGGUGAACAUUCUCCCCUCCGCAACAUCGAGAACAGCAGCUUUCUGAACCGCGCAUCGGUUGACCGUCCCUCUAGGAUCGCGGUUCGUACUUCGAGUGGAAGCUACACCAACAGUCCCGCAUCGGACAAUAAGGAAAGCUGGAAGGCAAACAAAGACGACGCCAUCCGGAUCAAUUCGGCGAUGAGGCGCAUUUCCGGUGGAUAUUUUGGCGCUGGUGCUUCUGCCAAUUCUCUUCGGGUUCACCGUCGCCGGAGUCCGGGGUCUGCAGCCUAUGGCAGCUCUCCACCUGAAAACACUAUGUUCACCGCGCAGGCAAGGAGAAUGGCCAAGGGUGAGAAGGAGCACGAGGCCAAACCGGGCGUUUUGGGACCCCGAACUCUUCCCAUAAUGAAGAAUACAGGACGACGGACCACUUUUGGAGGGGAAGUCCGGCCCCGAGACAUUAGUCUCACCAGCAGGGACGCUAUUCGACUCAGCGCUAUGGCAACCCCCAAUCUCCAAAGGCCCUCGGAGAGCCUCCUCUAUUCAAACUCUGGAGCAGGAUUGAGGUGAAUUUAAUUGCUGAUUCAGGGCUGUUUACAUUACAUUCGGGUUGGGGGGUGUGUUUUACCAAUACUUGGGAACGGUGUUUCGGAGAAUAGAUACCAUUUGCUUU